AUGCUAACAACGCGUCGUCUUCUUAAUGAGGAAAUCACUUUCUCUCUCGCAAAGGAGCGAGAGGUUAAUAUUCUUCAUCAGCUGGAUUACCACGACAAACAGACGCGCUUCUUCUCUCUUCUUAAUAGUAAACAUGCCUGGAUGAAAGCUGUUGUUGUCCAUCACCUGGGUCUACGAUCAACUGCGUUACAAUCCAUGACUGGAAAGGAAGGCAACAGCAAGGUCACAGCGUCCUACUCCGGUUCCCUCUUCCACACCGUGUCGGCGAAGGAUUCCGACGUGGACAUGGAGACGAAAAGACCCAAUGCGAGGCUGUUCACUCAAAUUGAGAACCUGCCUUUCCUGAGCCGUUGCUUCCAACACCUGCGCCGUCGAUUAUUAUCUUGGUUUGGACUCCCGGUGCCCUCAUGCUAUGCCCGCCAUUCGAACAGAACUUCGGCUUCUUUAGAGGGCGUGAUCGGCGCCAGAUAUUUGCUGAUAGAGAAACUUGAGGAAACACAAGGCACUAUGCUCUCUAACACGUGGUCGCAGAAACAGGAUGAUACGAAGCUGCGGCAGAACUUUUUCCGGGACCUUUCCCGGAUCUUGCUGAGUAUCAGCCGAAUACCUUUACCGCGGAUUGGCUCCUUCAUCAUAGACAGUGAAGGAUUCCUGCGUCUGAGCAACCGCCCACUUUCUAUUGAGAUUGAAGGCUUGGAAAAUGAGCAAAUCACAAUAGAUAUGCCCCUUCACUACACGUAUUGCACCGUUGACUCUUACGUGGCGGACAUUCUAAGAGUCCAUGACAGUCGACUCCGAGACCAACCCAACGCAGUGAAUAACUUACAGGACUGCGCCUAUCAAAUGUCGGCUCUGGCAGCAAUGCGAACUUUGGCCCCGUUAUUCUUGCGCCAGGAUCUUCGCCGCGGGCCGUUUGUCUUCACACUAACCGAUCUGCAUCAAAGCAAUAUCUUCGUCGAUGAGAAUUGGCAUAUCACAUGUCUCGUGGAUCUGGAAUGGGCAUGCUCUCGCCCAUUCGAAAUGGUUGAGCCUCCUUACUGGCUAACAAAUAAAGGCGUGGACGAGAUCAAUCCCGCAGACUACGACCCGCUUCGCAGAGAACUGAUGAGCAUCUUAGCGACGGAGGAGACGAAACUACUCGGUUGCGUUGCCUCACCGGAUACUGACAGAACGGUGCCACGGCUGUCAGAAGUCAUGGAAGAAGCUUGGACGAGAGGUACGUUCUGGUAUACACUGGCUCUCUCUAGUCCGACGGGCCUCUUCAGAAUAUUUUAUGAGCAUAUCCAGCCCUUGUUAUCCGAGCAUUGUUCGGAGGAACUGGGUGAGAUUAUGCCCUUUUACUGGGUGAGAGAUGUGGGAAAGUUUGUUGCAAGAAAGAUCUCCGAUAAGAAGAAGUAUGAUCAUGAUUUGCAACGGGCUUUUGAGGAGAGUUGA